AAAAUAUAAAAAAAAAAACUCUUUUGCAACGGCUACUUACAGAGUGAAGAACCCAAAGCCGAUUUUCUCUUUCCUCUUUCCCAAACUCCCAAAUUUAAAAACUCUCACCAUUACCAUUCACCGUGUCCCAUAACAAACCCAGACAACGCUCCACUAUCUUCUACUUCCAAAUCCAGUUUCUCUGCCUGCCUAGCUUUUCUCUACGAAUGGAGGAGCCUCACUUGUCGGAGCAGAUCAAUGAUGAAGAUGGCGGACGAGGGGAUGACUUUUAUGAGAAGAUUGAAGCACCCAAGUUCGUUGACUUCACUGUACCCGAACAGUGCUGUCCCGACGAUCGUUACUGGUUCUGCUUGCGCUUCGGAUGUGAUAGAAAACAUGAAGAGGAACUUGACCCUGAAGCAAUAGAAAAGAAUUUUAUUCUUCGGGUUAUGGCAGCGAGGAGUCCUAAUAUACGGUUUCGGAAAGCACUAUACAAGAAACCUCCGAGUUUCUCUAGUCCCAAGUGCCCACUUACAGCUCCUGCAAAAUCAUCCAAGCCUAAAAUAACAAGAAUGCCGGUAGUUCCUUCGAUUUCUCGCAGGCUAUUUGACUUGAAAGAUAAGAACAAAUCACUCUCAAAGAUCACUGCAACCCCAAAAGCCAAUUUGAAGAAAACAAAUGCAGCAACAAAAGCUUUGACUACUCCAAGGAAUAGAAAGCGAAUAUCAAAUCCAGAUACAUUUAAAAGUGUUCGGAAUCCCAAGGGAAAUAACAUUGUGGUGCCAAAGACUAGAGCUAUUGCAAAAGGUUUGGUUUUCCAGUCUCCAAAGAAGGUUUGCAGGACCAAGAUUUCAGUAGAGUUUAAAACUCCAAUGGCGAAAUUAUGUACAGCCAUGUCGAAGCUUGAUAUUGUGAAGGGAAAGAAGCAGACUACAGAUACAACUUCAAGGAAAUUAUUUAAGGGACGAGAGGUUAAAAGCAGGGUUUAUGACUCGUUGCAAUCUCACACUCAAAAGGGCCGGGAAGUAAAACCUUUGAAAAAUUUGAAGAGAAAGAAAAAGGAAAAGGAUUUGAAGGAGUCCUGUGGUCUACAGUCUCAUGAAGAUGGUGAAAAUGAUUCGAGGGAUAUGGAGAUUGAUCACAGACCAAGGGAUGUUUCUCUGGAAGGCUAUUCUGAAUCAGGCACUUCUAAGAACAGUGAAACAAUUGGUCAUGUGGAGAAUUUAAAGACACUGGAAACAUCAGAAGCAUGGUCCGAUGAGCAUCCAGUUGAAGUUCUAUCAGAAACAUCAAGAGGAAAUAUCUCCUCCUUGUGUAGUUCUGAAGGGAGGGCUUCAGGAGACAGUGAUCACCAAAAUUCCAUAGAUCAUACUGGACCUGUUAAACAUUUAACUGAUUCAAGUGAGCAUGCAGUAAAAGGAAAGUCAAGUGAAGACAAAAGGAGCAGCCCUCAGGCUCAGGAUGCUGACAUUGAUGAUAAAGAAAAUGCUUUGCCUUCUGAUAACACAGAAAAUGGAGGUGAAAGCACUGAGAAUGAUGAAAAAGAAAAUUCCAAUAUUAACAGAGAAAUGAACAAUCAGUCAGAGGGGAAAACUGUUAGUAAUCACGAUACAAAUAAGGCCAAUCAAGCAACGAAGAAGACGCUAAAAAUGAGUUCUGUUCCUGCUUUAGGUGUUCAUGAAACAAAGUAUAAGAAACCAAAGCCAACAAAUCCCAAGCCUUUUAGACUGAGAACCGAUGAAAGGAGUAUUCUCAAGGAAGCAAAUUUAGAGAAGAAACAAGCCACGCCUCUGAAAGAACUCACAUCAGUAAAACCAUUAGGAGUAAAAUUAUUGAGAAAACAUCAGACCCCAUUCCAGAAAAACGAAAUCUACCAUGAACAAAGUGAAAGUGAAAAUGUUCCUCGUGCAGACUCUGGAAAGAGAAUAAAUAAAAUACAUGUGCCUGGAAGAGCUAGGACUUCACGGACUAAUUCUACUACGAAGCAUGAGGCUCACAGUGAAGCAGUUUCAACAACCCCAGAAAAAAGCUCAGAAAGAGCCAAAUUGAGGCCUCAACCUCAAGGGAUUGCAUCAAGCAGAACAGUUAAAACAUCUGGUCGACUUGGCGUAAUAAAGGAAAAGUCUUCAACUAUCCCCAGACGCAAGGAAGCUGCAAAGCCGUCUAAACAUAGCAUUUCUUCAACAACCGAGGCAUCUUGUCCUGUUGCCCCAAGAUCAGUGUCAAGAGGAAGAAGGCCGAGUACCAUGCCCAAGGAGCCAAAUUUUCAUAGUCUUCAUGUACCAAAGAGCUGCACGAGGAAGGUGGUUUAGAUUGUUCCUCAUUCGCUGUAUGAUAGAUAUGUCUUGUUGUAACAUACCCAAGAUCAGUGUCAAGAAAAAGAGGGCCGAGUACCAUACCCAAGGAGCCAAAUUUUCAGUCUUCAUGUACCAAAGAGCUGCACGAGGAAGGUGGCUUAAAUUGUUCCUCACUGUAUGAUAGAUAUCUUGUUGUAUCUUGUUGUAAUGCUGUUCAAUCAUAUCAUUGAAUUUUUUUUUGUUCAAUAAUAUCAUUGAUUCUUUUUUAAUUGUACUAAAAGCUCCCCGUUUUUUUUUCACAUGUAUUUUUUGACUAGCCUAUGUGCUAAUACUCGUCAUUUUUUAUUUAUUUGUAAUGAAAAAAUUUAUAUAUGAAUACUGUAAUUCUC